UGUUACUACAAUCUCUGGCUGUCAAUUGCUGAUUAGUGGUUGUCAGUGUGCCGUGAAAGGUUGAGAACGGUUGAGGAGGUUAUUUAAAAUGGUGUAUCUACACUUUCCAACAAAUCUCACUGAAGAGGAAUUGAUGCUUCAAGCGAAAUAUGCAAAGCUUAAGAAAAAAAAAAAGGCAUUACAGGCGUUGAAAGCACCUCGACCAGAACCAGAACGCACACCUCAAACUCCAAAACGUCCAGCAGAGGCUCGUGAUGCACGUGAGGUGGCAAAGAAACUUCUUAAGUCAGGGGCUAUUACAGCCAUUGUAAAGACUCCUAAAAAACCCGAACAGGCCGGAUUCAAAAGACCCAGAGGUCUUGAACGGAAACUGUCUGGUACAGAACGUACUGUAAGUGGGUACCAGCCUUUCUCUGCGACGCAUCCAGAAGACAUGGAAACAGAUAACAGGCCCAAAGUAAAGAACUUGUAUGACAGCUUCGUAUCUGCCAGAGAUCGUGAGGAGAGAGGUCUGACUGAAAAACGUGAUGGUCGUGCAGAUAAACCUCGGCAGGGUAACACAAUUUUUGUAUCAGGAUAUAAGAUAACUGAAGAUUUCCUGAAGAAAACGUUCCACACAUAUGGCAACAUAGUUAACGUAACAAUGGAAAUAGAGAAAAAUCGUGGCUUUGUUACAUUUGACAAAAUGGAGGCAGCAGAUCAAGCUAUAGCAGAGCUGCAAGCCAUUCGCAGAAAGGAAGCCACAGAGAUAGAAGAGAAAUGGUUGUUUACGAAGAGGGCUUGUUCGAUUAAUGUGCUAACAAGUGACAAUGUUUGAGAGCUGUGUAUAUAUGAUAAGAAAUGUUACAAGAAGCAUAUGAAUUUAGUUUAUCAAAAAAUAUGGAAAGAAAUAUACAGUAACAUAUUUAAUAUUCUCCAGGGGCAGUUUUGAACACUAAACUGAGGAAAAUCUGAAACAGAGGAGGUUGGAGUUGAGGUUUUCACAGCAUUGACUGGGAUGAGUACUGUGUUAUGGGAUGUGGCACCUUGUAGUUUGGUAGAAGUUUAUCUUUGUUCUAAGGAACGCAUUGUCUCCAUCAUCAGGGUCAAAGAGUAAGCCAAACAAGCAUGAAGCAAGAAGCAAACAUUAAGCUUACUGCAAUCUCCAUUCCUUCAUAAAAAUACAGUUCCUACAAAACCUGAAAUUUGAAACUUCCUGGCUGUGGCUGCAGUUCUUCAGAGACAGGAAGUGUUCGUGACCCCAGGCUAAUCUCCAGUAUGGUCACCCAUUGGCUUCCUCAUUGUAACAGUUCAAACAAUGAGUUACUGUAUCUCCAUUUUCUGUUGAAGAUUUAUGUAGAAAUAAGAAAAAGAAUAAAAGAAGCGAGUAAAAGAAGAGGAAUUGAAACAA